GUUUGAUCACAGUUGUGACGUGUCCUCACAUGCUUCUUAAAACAUCUUACCUUCACUUGCUCUUUCAGUGGUUCUUAUGUUGUCAGUGAAAAGAUGGAUGAUCUGAUCCAGGACCAGUCCAGAUGUGGAGCUUGUGAGCAGGUUCUAAGAGAUCCGGUCUCUAUCACGUGUGGACACUUUUUCUGCAGACAGUGCAUCAGUUUCUACUGGGAUCAGUCAAGACUAGCAGAGGACUUUGACUGUCCUCUGUGCAGAAAGAGAUCUAGAACACGUGUUGUUCUACAGAUGGACAGAGUCUGUUACACACCAGCAGCCCUGCAGGUGGAGACUGGAGACCUGAAAAGAGUCAAAGAAAAGCAUAAAACCAGCAUGAAGAACAAGUAUGAGAGUUUAUUUGAGGGAAUCAAGCUCCAAGAGAAUGAAACCCUCCUGAACAGGAUCUACACACAGCUUUACAUCAUAGAAGGAGAGAGUGAUGGGGUGAAUGAAGAACAUGAGGUUUUACAGAUGGAGAAAACAGCCAGAACACAACUCACACAAGACACUUCCAUCUACUGCAAUGACAUCUUUAAAGCCUCACCUGAACCAGAAUGUGAGGAGAAAGACAAACUCAGGGUUGUUCUUACUAAAGGCAUCGCUGGAAUCGGAAAAACCAUCUCUGUGCAGAAGUUCAUUCUGGACUGGGCCGAGGGAAAAGCCAAUCAGGAUAUAGAUUUCAUUUUUCUGCUUCCAUUUCGUGAGCUGAACUUGAUUCAAGAUAAUCAAUAUAGUCUUCACAGACUUCUACUGGACUUUCAUCCUGAACUUCAAGAUCUGGGCUCACAGAUUUAUGAAGAGUGUAAAGUUGUGUUCAUCUUUGAUGGUCUGGAUGAAAGCAGAAUCACACUGAUGUUUUCAGAUGAUCAGAAAGUUUGUGAUGUGACAGAGACUUCAUCAGUGGGUGCGUUGAUGUCAAACCUCAUGAAAGGAGAGCUGCUUGCCUCUGCUCUCAUCUGGAUCACUUCCAGACCAGCAGCAGCCAAUCAGAUCCCUUCCAAAUACAUCAACCGUCUGACAGAAAUUCAGGGAUUCAAUGAGUCUCAGAGGGAGGAAUAUUUCAGGAAGAGAAUCAGUGACCAACAUCAAGCCAGCAGAAUCAUCUCACACAUCAGAAGAGCAAGAAGCCUCCACAUCAUGUGCCACAUCCCUGUCUUCUGCUGGAUCUCAUCAACUGUGCUUCAGAAGCUCCUGAAGGAAGAUCUGAGUGCAGAAAUCCCUCAAACUCUGACUGAAAUGUACAUCCACUUUCUGCUGAUUCAGAUCAACAUGAGGAAUCAGAAGUAUGAAGAGAGAGAUCCAGAGAAACUCCUGCAGUCCAACAGAGAAGUGAUUGUAAAACUUGCUGAAGUGGCUUUCAAACAGCUGAUGAAGGGCAAUGUGAUGUUCUAUGAGGAGGACCUGAUUGAGAGCGGCAUAGAUGUCACUGACGCCUCAGUGUAUUCUGGGAUUUGCACUGAGAUCUUCAAGGAGGAAUCUGUGAUUCAUCAGAGGAAAGUCUACAGCUUCAUUCAUCUGAGCAUUCAAGAGUUUUUCGCUGCUUUUCAUGUGUUUUACUGCUAUUUACGCAGUACAACAGAGACCCUUAUGGUUUUUGAUUCAAUGCAUAAUCUUCAUCAAGGAGCAAUAGAUAAAGCAACUGAGAGUGAGAAUGGACAUCUGGAUUUGUUCCUGCGGUUCCUGCUGGGCAUCUCAUUGGAGUCCAAUCAGAAACUCUUACAGGAUCUAUUGACACACACAGAGAACAGCUCAGAGAACAUCAGGAGAACUUCACAGUACAUUAAAGAGAAGAUCAAUGAUGGACAUGGACUCUCCACUGAAAGAUCCAUCAAUCUGUUCCUCUGCCUGCUGGAAGUGAAAGAUCAGAGUUUGUCCAGAGAAAUUCAGGAGUUUGUGAAAUCAGACAAACACUCAGAGAAGAAGCUCUCUCCUGCUCAAUGCUCAACGAUCGCCUACAUGCUUCAGAUGUCAGAGGAGGCGCUGGAUGAGUUUGAUCUGAAUAGAUACAACACAUCAGAUGAGGGUAGAAGAAGACUGAUACCAGCUGUGAUCAACUGCACAAAAGCUUUACUCGCUGGCUGUAAUCUUACUGAUCAGUGUUGUGAGAAUCUAUCAUCAGCUCUACAAUCCUCAAACUCUGUCCUAAAAGAACUGGACCUGACUAACAAUGACCUGCAGGACUCUGGUGUGAAGCUUCUCUGUGAUGGAUUGAAGAAUCCAAACUGUCAGCUAGAAAUAUUAAGGUUGUCUGGCUGUAUGGUGACAGAGGAAGGCUGUGGUUUUGUGUCUUCAGCUCUGAGUUCAAACCCUUCACACCUGAGAGAGCUGGAUCUGAGCUACAAUCACCCAGGACAAUCAGGAGUCCAGCAACUCAGUGACAAACUGAACGAUCCAAACUGCUCACUGCAGAUACUCAAUGUGGAUCAUGGAGGAGAUUUUAGGAUUAGAGCAGGACUGCAAAAAUAUGCCUGUAGUCUCACACUAGAUCCAAACACAGUAAACACCCAUCUAAUUCUGUCUGAGGGAAACAGAAAGGCAACUUAUGUGGAAGAGCUGCAGUCAUAUCCUGAUCAUCCAGAGAGAUUUGAGCACCAUCCUCAGGUUCUGUGUGGAGAGGGUCUGACUGGACGCUGUUAUUGGGAGGCUGAAUGGAGCGGGAGAGGGACAGAAAUAUCAGUGACAUACAAAGAUAUCAGCAGGAAAGGAGGAAGUGACUGCAGGUUUGGAUUCAAUCAAAAGUCCUGGAAUCUGAGCAGUUUUUAUAAGAGACUCACUGUCUGUCACAAUAAUGACAGCACUGAGAUAUCAACCCCUUCAUGCUCUAAUCGAGUAGGUGUGUAUCUGGACUGGUCUGCUGGUACUCUGUCCUUCUACAGUGUCUCUGACACACACACACUCACUCACAUGCACACAUUCAACACCACAUUCACUGAACUCGUCUAUGCUGGGUUUGGGGUUUAUUAUGGUUCCCCAGUUUCUCUGUGCUAGACUGAACAACACAGUUGGGGUACUUGGACUCUGACAUUUUGGACGGAACAUAAAAUUAUGAAAAAAAGACAUUAUUAAACAUCUCCCACUCAAACUCAUUUGGUUAAUGACUAGGUCUCAACUUGGACUCGACAAGGUGGACUCUGACCCAACCCUAUGUGAACAACUUUAUCUAAGGAGAAACAGAACAACAAAAUGUCACACACAAUGUAUGAUUUUCUUUUUUUUUUAUAUUCUGUUCUUUAAUUAUUAUUAUUAUUUAAUUACUGCUGUAUUCUAUUUUUGCAUCAUCAUCCAGAUGACAUACACUAUAUAAAUAAAACCUGACUGUUACACAAACAGGGUCUUUAAUGACAUUAUAUUCUAAAUACAUAGACAUAUGGAGUUGGUCCCCCUGUCGCAGCUAUAACAGCUUCCACUCUUCUGGGAAGGUUUUCCAAUAAGUUUUUGGAGUUGUUGUGUUAAGUUUUGCCCAUUCAUCCAGUUGGAUGAUAGACGAGAAGGCCUGGCUUGCAAUAUCCUUUCCAGUUUAUCCCAAAGAUGUUGAAUGGGGUUGAGGACAGGACUCACUGGGGCACAGUCAAACUGAUCCCACAAAAUGUCUCAUAAAGCAUUAAGAUUUAUCUUCACUGAAACUAAGGGGCCCAAGCCCAGAAACACCUUUGACAUAUCCAGUAUGUAUUGUUUUUAGUUUAACAUUACUUUUACUGUUUGAAUUUUUUUUUCUACUUUUUUUUUUCUU